AUGAAAGAAGUUAUUAUCCGUGAAGUAUGGGCAUUCAAUUUAGAGUAUGAAUUUAGUCUGAUACGCCGAGCUAUCCAUCAGCAUCAUUUCAUCUCAAUGGAUACGGAAUUCCCUGGAGUUAUUCAUUCGCCUAAAAUUGACCGCCGUCAUCUUCAAACCUCUGACCACUAUUAUUAUUUGAAGGCCAAUGUUGAUGCUCUUAAGCUAAUUCAAGUGGGUCUCACUCUCUCGGAUUCUGAGGGAAAUCUUCCUGAUUUUGGAACCAAUAACAGCUAUAUUUGGGAGUUUAAUUUCUCUGAUUUCGAUGUAAACCGCGAUCCUUAUAAUCAAGAUUCUAUUGAUAUGCUCCGCGGUCAAGGAAUUAACUUUGACCGCACUUUCUCUCAUGGUGUGGAUUCAAUGCGUUUUGCGGAAUUAAUGUUCUCCUCUAUUCUCAUUUUUAACAAAUCACUUAUUUGGGUAACAUUUAGCAGUGCUUAUGAUUUUGGAUAUUUGGUGAAGAUUUUGACCAGAAAGAAUUUGCCUAACCGGUUAGAAGACUUUUUAAGUAUAGUGGAAGUAUUGUUUGGAAAAAAUGUUUAUGAUAUGAAACAUAUGAUGAAGUAUUGCAACUGUUUAUAUGGUGGACUCGAGAGAGUCGCGACUACCCUUAAUGUGCGUCGGGCCGUUGGAAAGUCUCAUCAAGCUGCAUCUGAUAGUUUAUUGACAUUGCAUGCAUUCAACAAAAUGAUGAUAACUCAUUUCAAAUGCGAUGAAGCACCCAAGCAUGCCGGAAUUCUCUUUGGAUUUGGAUUAGAAGUUGCAGUUUAG